AUGGGUAGGCUUCCAGUAGUGCAUUUUGCUGCGGGAGAGGUUAUGACGCCAGCAGAUGCGGCAAUUAUGAUGCAAUUGGGGUGCGAUGGAGUGUUUGAUGGAUUGGAAAUUUUCAAAAGUUCGGAUCCUUAUAAGAGAGUUCAUGCAAUUGUGCAAGCUGUUAGAAACUAUAAUGAUCCACAUGUGUUGGCGGAGAUAAGCAGCGGGUUGGAGUAUGCCAUGGCGGGGCUUAAUCUCAGUGAGGACAGGGUCGAACAGUUUGGUACUGGAGGAACCUGGAUGAUUCCUAAAAAUAGCUAG